AUGGAUAAAAAUAAAAGGCACAAAGCAAGCGAAGACAGUUCUGACCGGGUUUCCGGAUAUGGAGAAUCGAACAGGAGUUCAGAAUCGUUUGAUGUGCUUGAUGCAGCUCCUUCGCAUAAUUUGAUAUCCAGAUUGUGUCAGAAACCUCACGGUCACAAAAAAAAAAAAGACGAGAUACCUUUUUUUAUACCGCACAAGAAGUUACUCGAGAAAAUCGAGCACAAACCGGAAAUUCGUGAACCGCUGACCGGAUUCGGCGAUCAGCAAGAAAAAAUUAGAAGAGAAAUAUGCAAACCAUACAUUGUACCAGUGUUGACGGAAAAAGUGGAUAAGGUAUCAACGAAAGACGUUGCUGCGCGAAAAAUAAAAUCACAUAUUAAACUAACGGCAGGGACAGAUUUUGAUGCACCUCAGUUUGUCGAUCAGCUGGAGCUGAUCCAACGACUACGAGACGAUCCGAAAAUCGGAUUUUUCUACAUGAUCUACGCGGUAAAACGAUCUUCAAAGUAUUUCACUCCUUACGCUUUAAAAGUCGUUCCUUACGAAAACGUAGGCGAUACUUACAUGACUAUCAGUGCUAGCGGUGUGACUAAAUACGGCCCCGACGAAAUGAGUUUCACUCCGAUCGAACAGUGGGAAAGGGAAUACAUUUUUUACUUAAAAUUAAUGAAGAUAAAGACGUUCGCUCUGUUUCGAAAGUGGAAGACUUUCUAUGUCUGGAGGAAGUCGGUCACUCGCAGGAAGUUCGUGAACGCGAGGAAUUAUUUGAAAGAAAAUCUUUUCAUAUCGGACCCGAUCCUCAGCAAGGCUCUGUUAGAAAUUAAGUCGAUGUGCUCGAUUUUUCUCGAUUCGAGCUUCUUCAACGACACCGUGAUCGAGGAGCUGUUACUUUUUUAUUUUGUAGAAAAACAGUUCGCUAAGUUGGAGUUAAUGAGAAGUAAAUUGGACGAGUUUAGAAAUUUGGCAUUAGAUAUUGUUAAUAAUGCCUGCUUGGGUGCGCUAUUGCAAGCUGGAUACACGCCAGACGAUUCCAAUAUAACUAUAGAACAAACUGCCUAUGGAAAACUUGGCGAAUUUGGAACCGUUAAAUUCAAAAUGCCGAAAGAUGGUAUUCUAAAAAUGAGUUACAUCGAACAGGCACGAAAAAGAGAAAAAUGUUACAGACUUUCUUGCUUCAUUCAUCUGAUCGAUUACAUGCAAACGAACAUGAUGCAUGGUCUCCUGUUAAACGCUUACGUAGAGUUUAUAGAAGCCUUGAAGAUUCAUACCGAAUUUUUACCGAACAAUGAUUUAAUCGAUAACGAUGUAAUAGAUCUUCCGUUGAAAGAAAAUCGACCCUCGUCGCAUCGCAUUCAGUCGCCAUACUUCGACGUAGAUUUACUGAUUCUACCUUCCGGAGAGAUCGCCAUGGACCCUAGCGAAGAUAUUUUCCGUUUCGUUAUAAAAACCAUCCGGAUCAUGUGGGAGGAGAAUAUAUUCGCCAUAAAACCUCUUCUAUCCGAUCCCUUCUUUCACUCUUUCACCAGGCCUAUGAUAAAUCAUAAAAUAGAAGAUCGCAUUUGCGGCCAUCCCCCGGAGAUUCAGGAAGUCCUGAGGCAAGAUCCGAUCACGAAAACGUUAAAAUCCAAUUUGGAGGUGCUCCUCGAUCAAAAUUUCGACGCGGUGAAACGUUACCGUCGCCGUUUCGAGGAAAUUCGACGGUUCUAUAUCGAGACCACGACAUUCGAUGAAAAUAUCAUUCGCGACAAUCGGGAUUGCAAAUUAUUCCGCGAGUGGAGCAUCCGUUACAAAGACGAAGUGGAUCUAAUCGGUAAUGUGAUCGAUUCCCAGCCACUGGGCAUCUUUUUUGUUCAGCUCGAGCGAUUCAAGGUUGCCGCUCAAGAAGCUCCCAGAGGGAAGAUAGGAGUUAUCGAAGCUGUUAUGCCUGGGCUAGGAAAAGAGAGAGUGGACUCUUUGUUAACGGAAGCGAUCGACGCUAUUAAUUAUCUGGAAAUCGAUCCCGUGACGACAGAAGAGUAUGCAGCGUAUAUCAAAUUUGUGGACAAAGCUCGUCAGAAUGUGGACGAGAUGGAAGGUCGGUUGGAUUACGUGAAAGAGCUGUACGACACCAUGGAAGAAUUCGCUUUCCCUAUACCAUCGGUGGAUAUGGCAAAUUAUCUGGGGAUCGGGACACAUUUUACCAGUCUACGAUUAGCAGUGGAAAAGAGGCUGGAAGAGAGGCCAAAAUUGAUAAACAGGUUCAACGCCCAGCUUCAGAAGGAUAUCACAGCAUUGAACGAAGAAAUAUCGGAGAUCCAUGACGAGAUUAUGCAACCUUGGCUUUUGGACUACGAGAGCAAUGUGGAUGCUUGCCUAAACACAUUGAAGGAUCUUGGUGAACGAAUAGCUGCCUGCGCAGCUACCACGGAAACGUAUCGUGCUUAUCAAAGGGAAUUUAAGCUCGAGCCGACGAGAUUCGACAUUUUGGACCAAGUAACGAACGAGCUGAGGCUGCGAAACUUGUUGUGGGAGACUCUAACCGAGUGGGAAAACGCGAUUUACGUAUGGUACACCGCCGAUUUCGAUACUUUGGACGUCGAGGACAUCACCUCGUUCACCAUGCGCACGAUGAAGAAUAUUAUUCAAUUGGAGAGAGGUUUGCCGUCGAACAAUAUCGUGCCCGACUUAAAGGAGAACGUGGAACUGAUAAGGAACAAGUUACCGAUCCUUGGAUACCUGAGGAAUCCCGACUUGAGGGAAAGACACUGGGAGAAGAUAGAGAUCAUAUUGAACCACAUCUUCAAGCCCGAUGAGAAGAAAACGUGGACCGAGCUGGAGGCUCUCGGCGCCUUUUUAAAGCCGAAUGAGCUGAUGGAGGUUGCUGCCGCGGCUAGUUCCGAGGCCAAUCUGGAACACAUGCUGAAGAAAGUCAUUGACACGUGGGAGCAUCUGAUAUUUAUCGUGGUGCCCCAUAAAGAAGGAAAGGACAUAUUCAUUCUAGGCAGUUUGGAAGAUAUUCAGACAGCGAUGGACGAAAGUAACAUUAAUUUGCAAACCAUCAUCGCGUCUCGUCACGUGGGGCCCAUUCAAUCUCUGGUCGAGAAAUGGAUCGAGAAGCUUGAUCUGUUCACCGAUACCUUGGAAGCAUGGCAGUAUUUGCAACAACAAUGGUUGUAUCUCGAGGCGAUAUUCUCAGCGCCGGACAUUCAGCGACAACUCCCAUUAGAGGCUAAACUGUUCAUCGAGGUCGACAAGUUUUGGAAGGAUCUCAUGAGACGAACUCACAAGACGCCGUUGGCCAUGCCUACUUGCACUCAACCAGGCUUGCUGGAAUUACUGGAGGAGAACAACAGCAGACUGGACGAAGUGAUGAAGUGCUUGGAAGCUUACCUCGAGACAAAGCGCGUAGCGUUUCCGCGAUUCUUCUUCCUAUCCAACGACGAGCUUUUGGAAAUUUUGGCUCAGACGAAAAAUCCGCACGCCGUGCAAAGACACUUGCAAAAAUGUUUCGACGCGAUAUACAGAUUGGAAUUCGAGGCGAAGGAGAGCAACAUAGGCGAAGUAGAAGAGAUGGUAUUGACCACGAACAUAGUGGCGAUGAUUUCGCCGGAAGGCGAGAGGGUUCCUCUUGGAAAAGGUUUGAGGGCCAGGGGGAACGUCGAGGACUGGCUAGGCCGUGUCGAAGAUGCCAUGUUCACGACCCUGAGGGCAAGAAUGAAACAGGGAAUCGUAGAUUUGCAAGCGAAAGGACGCCAAGAAUUUCUCCCUAUGCAUCCUUCUCAGAUAAUCCUUACCGUCUUUCAAAUAUUUUGGACCGGAAAUAUUCACCACAUCCUGGAAUCUGGCGGUAACGUGCUCGAGACGAUGAAAACGUUUGAGCAGAAAUGUUUCGUGGACUUGGCUGAAUUAGCAGCGAUGGUGAGAGGGGAACUACCGCAAUUGAUACGCGACGUAAUAAUAAAUUUGAUAACGAUAGAUGUUCAUGCCAGAGAUACUGUUACAACUCUGGUCGAAAACCAAGUAACAACCAGCACGAGUUUCGACUGGACGAAAGCGUUGCGGUAUUAUUGGGACAACGAAAUUGACAAUUGCGUGGCACGUAUGAGCAACGCCAAGUAUCUUUACGGAUACGAAUACCUCGGUGCUCAGAAGAGACUCGUUAUAACGCCCCUUACCGAUAGAUGUUACUUGUGUCUCAUGGGAGCGCUACAGCUGGAUCUAGGCGGUGCUCCAGCGGGCCCAGCUGGAACUGGGAAAACAGAAACGACAAAGGAUCUGGCUAAAGCAGCUGCAGUUCAAUGCGUUGUGUUCAAUUGUUCGGAAGGACUCGAUUACAGAAUGAUGGGCAGGUUUUUCUCUGGUCUUGCGACUUCCGGUGCCUGGUGCUGCUUCGAUGAAUUUAACAGGAUAGACAUCGAAGUGCUAUCCGUGAUAGCUCAACAACUGAUUACUAUCAGAAACGCCAAACUUAUUAGAGCCAAAGAAUUUAUGUUCGAAGGCCGAAUAAUAAAGCUCGUGAUGUCCUGUGCUACGUUUGUCACUAUGAAUCCCGGUUAUGCAGGUCGCACGGAACUGCCGGAUAAUUUAAAAGCGCUCUUCCGGCCGUUUGCUAUGAUGGUUCCGGAUUACAAACUUAUCGCCGAAGUCACUUUAUAUUCGGAAGGAUUCGAAUCGUCGAAGCCAUUGUCGCAGAAGAUGACGCUCAUGUACACUCUUAGUAGCGAACAACUUUCCCAACAAGAUCAUUACGAUUUCGGAAUGAGAGCUGUGAAGAGCGUGUUGGUAAUGGCUGGCACCCUGAAACGGAACAAUCCUGAUAAGCCGGAGGACGUUGUUCUGAUCAGAGCUCUGCGCGAGAGCAAUAUACCGAAGUUCUUGCGCGAGGACGCUGAACUCUUCGAGGGUAUCGUAGGAGAUCUUUUCCCAGGAAUUGUCAUCCCCGAGGAGGACUACGGCGUUUUGGAAGAAACGGCUAUCGCGGUACUGAAAGAAGCUAACUUGCAACCAGAAUACUGCACCUUGAAGAAAGCUAUUCAGCUCCACGAGUGUUUGCAAGUGAGACACGGAGUGAUGUUAGUUGGGCCCACUGGCUCCGGAAAGACCACGGUUCUUCGAACUCUCGGAAACACGUACAACAAACUCCAUAAGAUGGGUGUAGCUGGAUCGGUGUAUAAACCGGUUCACACGUACAUAAUCAAUCCAAAAGCGAUCACGAUGGGUGAACUGUACGGACACGUGGACAUGAUGACCAACGAGUGGCACGAUGGACUGAUCGGUUUCACCGUUCGUCACGCCUGUUCCUCUGACACGGAGGAUCAUCAGUGGAUCAUUUGCGACGGGCCCGUCGACGCUAUAUGGAUCGAAAACCUGAACACCGUCUUAGACGACAACAAAAUGCUGUGCUUGGCCAAUUCAGAGAGGAUCAAAUUCACCCCGUACAUGCGAAUGCUUUUCGAAGUCAUGGAUCUAGCGCAGGCGUCACCUGCUACUGUUAGUCGUUGCGGAAUGGUAUACGUGGACCCUGCGGAGCUGAAGUGGAUGCCAUACGUGAAGACGUGGAUAACUACUCUUCCCGAAGCGACCGUCAAAGACGAGCAUCGGGAGUUGCUUAUCAAUCUUUUCGAAAAUUAUUUCGAGGAAGGCCUGCUCUAUUGCACUAGAAAUUGCGACUAUCCUAUUUCUCAGGUCGACAUCAGCAAGGCGAGUAUGACGUGUGCAAUAUUAGAGAGUAUCUUGAACGAGCCAGACGCCAUAGAGAAAACCGUGGACAAGGCACGGAUUAGAACGUUUUUGACUCAACUAUUCGUUUUCGCUUAUCUUUGGGCAGUCGGUGGCAACGUGGUCGAUUCCUCCCGGAACGACUUCGAAUCCUUCGUGCGGGAACAGUUCGAAGAGAACGAAGACGCACUUUUGCCGUCGAUAGAUUUAUGGAAUGUGUACGUGAACGUUCCGAAUCAUCGUUUGGACGUUUGGACGGACAUUAUGCCAGAAUUCGUAUACGACAGCGAAAUGCCAUUUUUCGACAUCCUCGUUCCAACAGUCGACACGGUACGAUUUGGUUACAUGAUGAAGAAGUUGGUGGAGAUCAAUAAACCGGUACUUUUCACUGGCGACACCGGAGUUGGAAAGUCUGUGAUAACGAAGGUAGUGUUGAACGGUUUGGAAGACACUCAGCUUUGGGUACCCGUCACCCUAAUCUUUUCCGCCCAAACGAGCAGCGGUCGGACGCAAGAGAUUCUGGAACUGAAACUGGAAAGGAGAAAGAGGACCGUUUUAGGGGCUCCCAUAGGAAAACGAGUCUGCGUGUUCGUCGACGACGUUAAUAUGCCUAAACUGGAUACCUACGGGUCUCAACCGCCCAUCGAACUUUUACGCCAGCUGUUAGACUUUCGAGGGAUGUACGAUCGAGAGAAGCUACACUGGAACGACGUGGAAGACGUUGUGUUCGCUGCGGCGUGUGCCCCCCCAGGAGGCGGUAGGAACCCUCUGACGCCAAGAUUCGUCAGACACUUCGCGAUGUUUCUCAUUCCAGCGCCCACCGAAUUGUCUUUGAAAGGGAUCUUCAAGGCAAUUAUUACCGGUUUCCUGGACGAAUUCGUGGACUCCGUGAAGCAGGUGGGGGACAAAAUAGUGAACGCGACGGUGGACGUCUAUCGAAGAAUCGCGGAUGACCUGCUCCCGACUCCGGAAAAGAGCCAUUACAUUUUCAAUCUGCGCGAUCUGUCGAAGUGCGUGCAGGGGAUCAUGCAAGUGGACGCCGCGGUCAUUAGGCAGCCUCAAGAAAUGUACAGGCUUUUUUAUCACGAAUGCCUUCGAGUCUUCCACGAUCGACUGAUCAAUGUAGAGGACAAGAGCUAUUUCUACAAGCUUCUAAAUAACAUUUGCGCUAGCACGUUUGGUAUCGAAGUGGUGAGACUCCCGGAUGAAGACAUCAUUGAGAAACCACCGAUACUGUUAUUUGGAGACUUCAUGGCUUUCGGAGCGGCGCGAGAACAGAGGAUUUACGAAGAACUUACAGACAUUAUGAAAGUUAAGAGGACUCUGGAGGAUUACUUGGAAGAUUAUCGAUUCUCCGUCGGGAAAGACAUGCAAAUAAUUUUCUUCAUGGACGCCAUAGAGCACGUUUGCAGGCUCGCGAGAAUACUUCGAUCCGAAAGAGGCAACGGUCUUCUAGUUGGCGUCGGUGGAAUGGGGAAGCAAAGUCUAACGAAACUGGCGUCUCACCUGAAUGGUUACAAGUGUUAUCAGAUUGAAGUGACGCGCACGUACGAUAGAAACUCCUGGCACGAAGAUCUCCGACGUUUUUACUUCGAACCGGGCGCCAAUGCCCAGCACACGACAUUUUUAUUCACGGAUAAUCAAAUCGUACUCGAGGAGUUUUUGGAAGAUAUCAACAACACGCUUAACACGGGCGAGGUGCCGAAUUUGUACGAAACGGAUGAGCUCGAAAAAGUUAUCAUAGCAACCAGACCCGCGGCGAAAGCAACAGGAAUCAGCGAGGGGAACAGAGAUGCAAUUUAUCAGUUCUUCAUCGGAAGAGUUAGGAAUCAACUUCAUCUAAUGAUUUGUAUGAGCCCUAUAGGCGAUGCUUUUAGACAUCGUUGUCGCAUGUUUCCGUCGCUGGUGAAUUGUUGUACGAUCGAUUGGUUUACGAAAUGGCCGAACGACGCUCUCCUUUCGGUAGCAGAAAACACACUGACUGCAAUCGUCCCGACCGAUUCGGAGAAGCUUGCUAGUCUCAGUUCCAUCUGUGUCUUAAUCCACGAGACCGUGGAAGAGACGACCGCGCGAUUUUUCGUGGAAAUGCGUAGAAGGUAUUAUACCACGCCGAGCAGUUACUUGGAACUUUUGAAACUGUUCCGGACCACUCUCGAGAAGAGGAAGAAAGAAAUAGAGUCGUUGAAAAGUAAAAUCGUAAACGGUCUCAAUAAACUUCUCGAGACCAACAAGAUCGUGGCUGUAAUGAAGGAACACUUAGUGGUCCUUGCUCCGAAGCUGAAAGCAAGCACGGACGAAGUAUCGAAACUAGUGAAAAUGCUCGCCAAGCAACAAUUGGAAUGCGACAAAGCAAAGCAUCUAGUGACCGCUGAAGAAGCAGUAGCAAAAUUGAAAGCUGACGAAACGGCGGUUUUGGAAGCUGACGCCAGACAGGACUUGGAGGCGGCGAUGCCAGCUCUGCUGGAGGCUCAGAAGGCGUUGGAGGCUUUGAAUAAAAGCGACAUCAACGAGAUACGCGUCUUCAACCAGCCACCUCACUUGGUACGCUUCGUCAUGGAGGCGGUGAAUUUACUUCUGGGCGAAAAAACUGAUUGGCCAACCGCCAAGCUGGUCCUCGGCGACAUGCGUUUCCUCGACCGCUUAAUCGCCUAUCCUAAAGACGACAUAUCCGAUAAGCUUCUGCAGAAAUUGCAAGAAUACGUGAAACAUCCGGAAUUCCGACCGGAUCUGGUGGCCAGACAAAGCAAAGCUUGCAGGUCGUUGUGCAUCUGGGUGAGAGCGAUGGACGGAUACGCCAAGAUUUACAGAGUCGUCGAACCGAAACGUCAGAGAUUAAACCUAGCCGAAGAAGAGCUGCGAGCGAUCGAAGAGGUGCUUGCCCUCAAGCAGCAAGAGCUAGCCGCGUUGGAAAGCAAAAUCGAAGAUUUGCAGAAGCAAUACGACGUGGCGGUGAACAAUUUGAACAAGCUAGAGUCCGAAAUGGAGCUGGUGGAAGCGAGGCUGAACAGAUCCGGUCGACUAACGUCCGCGUUGGUCGACGAGCGGAUCCGAUGGGAGGAAAUGACUCGCGGAUUCGAUAAUCAAAUGAUCAAUCUAACCGGCGACACGCUGGUCGCUGCAGGCGCCCUUGCCUAUCUGGGCGCGUUCACCAACGAAUACAGGGAGGAACUGGUACAAAUUUGGCUAUCCAGUUGCAAGGAUUAUCGUAUAAAAACCACCGAGAAUUAUAGCCUGAUCGCGAUAUUGGCCGACCCUUACGAAAUUCGUCUUUGGAACACCUACGGUUUACCGAGGGACAAAGUCAGCACAGAAAAUGCCAUCUUCGUAACGCAAUCUAUUCGUUGGCCAUUAAUGAUCGAUCCUCAAGAACAGGCGAAUAGAUGGAUACGAAACAUGGAACAGGACAAUAACUUGAAGAUAUGCAAACUGACCGACGCGAAUUUUACGAGGAUAUUGGAGACGUCUAUAAGACUCGGAACACCCGUGUUGCUUCAAGAAGUGGGAGAAGUAUUGGAUCCAAGUCUGGAGCCCAUUUUACUUAAGCAAAUUUUCAUCCUGGGCGGUAGACUGCUGAUACGUUUCGGCGACACGGACGUCGAGUAUGAUUCUAAUUUCAGAUUGUACAUCACGACAAAAAUCGCGAACCCUCAUUACUUGCCAGAGGUCUGUAUCAAAGUGACAAUAGUGAAUUUCACCGUAACCAUGGGGGGCCUCGAGGAGCAAUUGCUGGCGGACGUGGUACGCCUCGAGAAACCGGAACUCGAAACGAUGAGGAACGAUUUGAUUACGAAAAUCAACGCGGACAGGGGUCAGUUACAGAGCAUAGAAGACAGAAUAUUGACGUUGUUGUACAGCUCAGGUGGCGAUAUUCUGGACAACGAAGAUCUCAUAGAAACCCUGAACGACAGUAAAGAAACUUCAGCGAUCAUCGCGACGAGAUUGAUCGAGAGCGAGGCGACCGAAGAGAAAAUAUCGGAGGCACGCGAGGAAUAUCGAUCGGUCGCGCAUCGUGGAUCCGUUCUCUACUUCGUUGUUGCAAAUCUUGCAAAUAUAGAUACCAUGUAUCAAUAUUCAUUAAAGUAUUUCAAUCAGGUGUUUAAUACAGUGAUCGAAACAACCGAGAAAGACGAGGAUCUAGGGCAACGUUUAAAAACAUUGCUCAUUGAAAUAACGUUAGCGAUCUACACAAACGUUUCGCGAGGUUUGUUUGAAAAGCACAAACUGAUUUUCAGUUUUAUGUUGAACAUUGCGAUAGACAUGAACGCUGGUACUAUAUCUCACAUGCAAUGGAACUUUAUGCUACGAGGGGCUACGAGAAUCAGCGUAGGAGAUGUACCGGAUCAUCCGACCGUAACGACUCAAAUGUGGAUAUUAGUGAACUAUUUGCAUCGCACAUUCAAAAGCUUCAACAACAUUUUGGAGGAUGUAUUUAAGAGAAUUACAAUAACUCUUGGAUAUUUCCAAGAAGUAAUAAAUAUAAUUCCCACAAACACAGCCAACGCCACACAUAACUGGAACAAAUUAUUAACCGAUAUAGAAAAGUUGAUGUUGUUGAAAGCUCUGAAAGAGAGUCAGCUAAUUUUUGCAAUCACAGCUUUCGUGUCGAAGAAUCUCGGGCAGAAAUUCGUGGAAUCGCCUAUGGCGGCAUUGCAUUUAUUGUUUACAGACACGUCGAACAAAAUACCACUGGUGUUCAUACUCACGACGGGAUCUGACCCCUUCAGCGGUUUCCAGAGAUUCGCAAACGAUAUGGGGUUCGCCGACAGGUACGAUUCUAUCUCUCUGGGUCAAGGUCAAGGACCUGUUGCGGAAGGUCACAUAUGGACGGGCACCGCGGAGGGCAGAUGGGUGUUUCUGCAAAACUGCCACCUGGCCACCUCGUGGAUGGUAAAAAUGGAGCAAAUCGUGUUGGAAAUCAGCGAAGAAUCAGAGGGACUCGUACACGUCGAUUUCCGAUUGUUUUUGAGCUCGAUGCCCAGCGUCGCAUUUCCGGUUUCCGUUCUUCAGAAUUCCGUGAAAGUUACCAACGAACCGCCAAAAGGUCUGAAAGCAAACAUCAAGAGAGCAUUGUACGAUUUGGAGGACGAUUAUUUCGAGCAACAUUUUUUGGGGGACAGCUGGCGCAGAAUUAUAUUCGGCGUUUGCUUCUUUCACGCAAUCAUCCAGGAACGGAAAAAGUUCGGGCCAUUGGGCUGGAAUAUAUUCUACGAAUUUAACGACAGCGAUCGAGAGUGCUGUUUAUUGAAUCUAAAAUUGUUUUGUGUGCACGAGCACAUACCUUGGAACGCAUUGAUAUAUACCACAGGUGAGAUCACUUAUGGAGGCAGAGUCACGGACAAUUGGGACUUGAGGUGCAUGAAAACCAUCCUAGAUAUAUUCUUCUCUCCUAAAACUUUGGAUACCGAAUACGUUUACUCACCGUCGGGGAAAUAUUACUGUCCCGCUCUCGAAACUCUGCAAGAGUAUAAAGAUUUCGUGGAAACUUUUCCAAUUAUCGACGACCCGGAGGUCUUCGGAAUGCACGAAAAUGCGAACAUUGCUUAUCAAUUAAAAGAGGCGCAAUUUAUCGUGAACACGAUUUUGGAAGUACAACCAAAAGAGUCCGCUGCCGAGGAAGGUAAAUCUAGCUCGGAUAUAGCGUACGAAAUUGCAGAUAUGAUCCUGACUAGAAUUCAGCUCAAAAUAGAUCCCACGAAAUGUAACCCCGAUCACUUGAUUAGGGACACGAUGGGGAGACUUCCAUCUCUGACUACAGUCCUCGUUCACGAAGUCGACAGAUAUAAUAUAUUGCUAAAGAAAAUACACUUGUCGAUAGAAAAUUUACACCGAGCCAUCAAAGGUUUCGUCGUUAUGUCCGAGGAAUUGGAAAAUGUCGUUACAGCACUAGUCAAUAAUCAGGUACCGCAAAUGUGGCAUAACGUGAACGUUUAUCCUUCAUUGAAAACCCUGGGAAGUUGGAUAAGGAACUUAGAACUUAGGAUCGAUUUUAUUCAAACCUGGUUCGUCGAUACAAAACCCACCUCUUUCUGGAUUUCCGGUUUGUCGUUUCCGCAAGGAUUUCUAACUGGUAUGAUGCAAACGUGUGCACGAAAAUAUAAUACUCCUAUCGAUCACUUGAAGUUGGAUUUUAUUAUCACCAAAGUAAUGCUCGAUCAGGAAGAAAUCGAAGAAGAACAUAGAAAAUUAGAACACGAGGUACCGGAAAUAUAUAAAGAUUUACGAACACCAGAAGAUGGCGUAUUUAUACAUGGACUCUAUAUUGAUGCUGGUAGAUGGGAUUCCGAAUCUAUGGUUUUAGUAGAUGCAAACAUCGGUGAAAUGCAUCCGCCUCUUCCAGUUUUACAUAUAAAUCCAGUAUUAGAAUUACCAAAAGAUGACCCAAGAUAUAUUUGCCCCCUGUAUAAAACAGCUGUAAGAGCAGGUGUAUUGUCUACUACAGGACAUAGUACAAAUUUUGUUGUUCCAGUUUUGCUUCCAUCCACUAAAGAACAAUCAUAUUGGAUUUUGAAGGGAACAGCCCUUCUGAUUGAAAUUAUUAAUUAAGUUCCCCAUGUUUUAACUAAUGUAAUAAUAUUGUUGUAGCAUUUAUGUAAGAUUAUGGGACAGUUUAGAUAUUUUAAUUAACAACUGUUUAA